AUGUCCUACUUCCUCCCGCACCUGCCCUCCGGCUGGCACGUCGACGAGGCCAUCAAGUCCGAGGAGGACCGCGUCGUCGUCAUCCGCUUCGGCCACGACUGGGACCCGCAGUGCAUGGUCAUGGACGAGACCCUCUACGCCAUCAGCGAGAAGGUGCAGAACUUUGCCGUCAUCUACCUCUGCGACAUCACCGAGGUGCCGGAUUUCAACAAGAUGUAUGAAUUGUACGACCCGUGCACGGUCAUGUUCUUCUACCGGAACAAACACAUCAUGAUCGACCUCGGCACGGGCAACAACAACAAGAUCAACUGGGCGAUGGACAACAAACAAGAGAUGAUCGACAUCAUCGAGACCGUCUACCGCGGCGCGUCCAAGGGGCGCGGCCUCGUCGUCUCGCCCAAAGGUGCGCGUGCAUCCAUCCACAUUCUCACAGACGACGCGAGGUUGAUGGCGUGCGUUUCAGACUAUUCCACGCGGUACCGGUACUAG